AUGUCGGCUCCGGCCCAGAACACGGUCGACCUCGAUGCUCUGCUCGAUCUCUCCGAGUAUGACAACGGAAACAACUACCACUCGCCCUCCCUCUCACCGUCCAUGACCUCGAAGCCGUCGUUUGCGAGCCCCGUCCCCGCCCCCGUCACUGCGGCCGUUGUUCCCACCACCUCGCAGACGUUGAGCGGCCCCAGUCACAACUACGACAUGUAUCGUCAGCAAACGGGCUUCGUCCCUGGUGCCAUCGCCAACACAAUGGCGGUCAAUCAAACCAACAACACUGGCUAUCAGGACUUUGGCAGCCUCGACUAUCUCGGCAGUUUCGCCCCUGAGCAGAAUGUCUUCGACUUCAACACAUCGCCCUCUCAGGGAGCCAUGGAUGUCGACUUUGACUCUGCCGCUGACUCGCAUCUCUUGAACACGGUGAACCCCAGCACCAUCGAGCAGGAAUCCAACAACCUACCCUCUCCUCUCUCCUCCUCGACUAGCAGCGUCGGCCGUCUGUGGCCCGGUGCCCACUCUCAAGCUGCUCUCGCCAAAGCCCAACAGAAGCAGCAGCAGCAUCACAUGAUGCAGCAGCAACACUCGCAACGACAGACCCCGCAACAAAGGUCUCGCGGAAAGGCCCCUCCGGCCACGGACCCUAUUGUUGAGCAGAAGAUCACGCAGCUCCUGAACUCGAUGCGCGCCAAGGCCUCGUCCCCCGAUUCUCAAGACCAGUCCGGUCCCUCCAACCUGCCUCGUUACAAGAAGGAAGAAGAGGAAAUGGACGAAGAUGAGCGUCUGCUCGCCAGUGAGGAGGGUAAGAAACUUAGCAGCAAGGAGCGGAGACAGCUCCGCAACAAAGUAUCUGCUCGUGCUUUCCGUUCUCGGAGAAAGGGUACCUUCAUCCCCCUUGACCACGCAUCGUACCCGUCGACGCUAACCUCGAUGAUAGAAUACAUUACACAGCUCGAGGCCGAAAUCGCCAACAAAGUCAACGAGAAUGGUGAUUUGCGUGCGCAGAACCGUGCUCUGAUCGAGGAGAACAAGCGCUUGUCCGACUUGACUCGCAUGCUACUCGCCUCCCCUUCCUUUUCCAACUUCCUCGACCAUCUCAGCAGCAACCCAACUGCCGGCCCCCAGCCGACCCAGAUCAAGUUGGAGCAACCGUCUCAGGAGCAGAUGCAGAUUCCCAAGGACGUCAAUCCUUACAACGGCCCGAGUUCUCAGCAGCAGAUUGGCAUGGCCAUGGUUCCCGAGCAGACGCUGGAUCUGUCGUUGAUGGCUAUCGGAAACUCGGCGUACAAUUUCCAGCCUCAGGUGUUCGUUGUUGACACACCUGAUAUCCCCACCGCCUUCGACACCUCCGUCCUGUCCGGCAAGGCGUCCAUCUUUGUCGAGGAGGAUUUCCCCUCCGGGGACGAGAAGAUGGAGAUCCCGGCUCUUGAGCGUCCAGUCGAGGCCAAGGCUACUACGCCGGUGGAGCCUGCCGUUAUCGACGAGGAGUUCGAGUCGGACCCCGAGUUUGCUCUCUUCCACUCGGAAGCCGGUUCGUCGACGGAGAAGCCUGGCGCGGCAGACGCCUUUUGCCUGGACAAUGUUGAUCUGUUCGGAGGCAUUGAGGCCGAGAAAGUGCUCGCUCGCUACGAACUUGUCGACGCCACGGAGGAUGCGGUUACUGCUACCUUUGCUCUGGCUCGCGUGCAAUCCAUCAGCGCCGGCAUGGAGUCUGUUGUGUCGAGGCUAGAACUCUUGACCAUUCACCUAUGUCUUGACGGUUAG